AUGCAACAGGCUCCAUCACUUCAAAAAUGCAGUGAGGUCGCCCAGAGAACAAAGGCAAUGAAUUGGUUGGAGUCUCGUUUGCAAAGUGCAACAGAUGAUGCUGCAUCUGACAAUACGCUGACAGUUACACCAAUCAAAAGUUUGGACGGUACUGUCACUCUUCCAGGUUCAAAAUCACUUAGUAAUCGCUGUCUUCUGCUGGCUGCGUUGAGUGAUGGCAGCACCAAAGUUGACAACCUUCUGGAGAGUGAUGAUAUUCGCUUCAUGCUUGAGGCUUUGGAUCAAUUGGAAGUACCAGUGGAGCGGCACUCUGCCGAAUCUGUUACAGUGACCGGACAAAACGGUCCAAUCAACUCCCCCUUGAAUGAAGAUGAGACAAACGAGCUUUUCCUUGGGAACGCUGGAACCGCCAUGAGACCUCUUGCCGCCGCCCUAUGCAUGGGGCAAGGAAACUUUGUUCUAGAUGGAGUUCCAAGGAUGCGAGAGCGUCCAAUUGCUGAUCUUAUUGAUGGGUUGCAACAACUUGGUGCCGAUGUAUCAUGUGUAGCGGAGACUGGUUGUCCCCCUGUAACCAUACACGCAAAGGGAUUGAAGGGUGGGAAGGCUUCUAUCAGUGGAAAGAUGUCAUCUCAGUUCCUCUCUUCUUUGUUAAUGGCUGCACCUGUUGUCGACGGAGAUGUUACAAUUGAAAUUAAGGAUGAAUUGAUAUCCGCACCUUAUGUGGCGCUUACUAUUGGCCUCAUGAAGAAGUUCGGUGUGAAUGUCGAGAUUGAAGGAGACAUGGACGGAAAACCGUCUUUCCACAUUCGCAGCUCGGAAAAGUAUAUCAGCCCUGAAAGUAUCCUUGUGGAAGGAGAUGCGAGUUCAGCAAGUUACUUUAUUGCUGGCGCUGCUAUUACAGGCGGUACCGUGACUGUUCGUGGAUGUGGAUCGGAAAGUGUUCAGGGUGACGUUGCUUUUGCAAAUGUUAUGGAGCAGAUGGGGGCAAAGGUCGAGUGGGCACCUGAAAGCAUUACAGUCACACGAGAUUCUUCCGUUAAACUGAAAGGAGUUGAUGUGGAUUGUGGAAAGAUCCCCGACGCUGCAAUGACUCUUGCUGUAGCUGCUCUAUUCGCGGAAGGGCCAACUACAAUUCGUAAUGUAUACUCAUGGCGACUGAAGGAAACAGAGCGAAUGAAGGCAAUUGUCGCUGAAUGUACAAAGCUUGGAGCCAAGGUAGAGGAAUUCGAAGACUAUUGCAUCAUUCACCCUCCGCCUGAUAACAAGAUCAAUGACAAUAUCCUCAUCGAGACUUAUGAUGACCACCGAAUGGCCAUGACUUUUAGUCUUGUGGCUUGCGGUGGUGUCAAUGUUAUCAUCAACGACCCUGGUUGUACGGCGAAGACUUUUCCGACUUACUUUGACAUGCUGGAAGGAAUUGCUACUCAUUAG